AAAUGUCAUAUAGCAGCAACUUCUGUAUACGUUUGACGCAAAAUGAUAUUUAUACAGGUUACAGGCUAGUUUCGUUUAUCAUGGAUUCCGAAGUUAGGGCCUUUCAAGAUAUUGCAAAGGGAAAAUGUGAUACCAAUUUAAAGUUGGUAGAAAAUUUAGAAAAACUGAAAAUAGAUCUUAAAAAUGCUAAAACCAAUCUAAAUAUUGGUUACCAAAGUUGGCGGACAAUUAGGCAUCAGCAACCACCAAGAUAAACCAUCCAUCAGAGUCGAAAUUCAGUCUUGCCACAUGACUUACAAUGGCUGCAAUAUCUGUUUCAUAUAGCAUUUUUUACUUUCAAUUUACAGCAAAAGAAAACACUGAACAAAAGAAGCUGGAAAAUCUUAAUUUGCAGAAGCAGAUAAUUACUUUAGAUGAUGUCAUUCCCAUGAAAAAGAAGCUAGUUGAAGACUUAACUCAGGAAUAUGUUAACCUAUGCGCGACCGUGGACGACACUCGGUGCAGGCAGUUCCGGGCGCGCGUUGUCUCGUCCCACGAGGCAGCCAACAGGAACAAGUACUUAUCAAGCAUGGAAGAGUGCAAGAUGACCGUUGACCUGACAGCAGGAGCCAAGGCCAAACAGCUGCGGGACCUGUCCAGAAGGAAGUCGGGGCUCGAAACAAAGAUACGAUCGCUGCUCGACGAGUUGCAACAGAAACAGAAACAAGCUGAAGACAAAGAGAAAGAACUGGAGGGCCUUCAACAGAAGAUCUUCAUGCUGAAGAAACGCAACGAAGCACGACUUGUACGUCUCAAAAAACAAGUAGAGAAAGCAGAAGCACGCCAGCAAGCCCUUCUGAAACACCAGCACGUCAACAAGUAAUAAGAGCUUCUGUUUUAGCCAGAUGAAAUCCUUUAAGAAAUGUUGUAUUUACAGAAAUUAUGUAUUUAAGCAAGACAUGUAAUUGCUUUUUGCUCAUUACACCAGUCACUUGCUGAAGUAACUGAAUAGCCUUACUGUAUAUGUAUUUGAAAUAUAAUCAAUAACAACCUUUUUGGUUUAAACUGCACUAGUAGUGCUUUUUACUAUCCAGACAAUUACUUUUUUUUGUAAAACAAAUUAGCUGACCAAAAUUUAUGCAGAGCCCUAGGACUAUAUCUUUUCAAUUAUAUAAAAGUUUAUACUCGUAAUUAAAGUCUACAUGCUCAAAAAUU